AGUACCAAGCACAGUUGAAGUCACACGAGGCACACACCUACAACACGCGACUUGCCGUUUUCUUAUGCAGAAACUUUAAAAAAAUGUCAGCGAAACCUACCGAUUAAGGCUGGACAGCAUCAUUUAACAUAUUUAUCGAAACGGGCGAUGCCGUUAUUGCGUAGUUUUAUCAGAAAAAAUCGCCAUUUCCGUGUCAUGGCGAAGGCCGAUUACUUGCCUACCUAUAUAAACUCUAAUAGCGCAGGACAAAAGACGAUUGUUAACUGUUAACUUGUGCAAUCUUGAUGUGAUAGCGAACAUAACAAAGAUGAGGGCACUCUUAGCUCUAGCAGUCCUGGCACUUACGUCUGGCACAUUCGCCAUGCCAUCUCAUGGACAUCAUGGCAACAUUGUAUGGGAACAUGUGGGUGCCGUGAGACCAGUUAUUGCCGCCCCCGUUAUCGCAGCCCCAGUGGUUGCUCCAGUAGCUAUUGUGCCCCACCCUGACGUGGCGUUUGCAGCUGGCGCCAGCAUCGCUGCAAGUCACGCGUCCGCAGCCAAUUCUGCAGCUGCAGCUCAAAUCGCCACAGCGAAUAGCGUCGCAGCGGCCAACAACGCAGCAGCUACGCAUUCCGUAGCAGCUGCGCAAAUCGCCAACGCGCACGGACUGGCCGCAGCAAGUCGCGCGGCUGAGACCCAAUCACUCGCAGCUGCGCAGAUCGCGCACUCCAAUGGUAUCGCGGCGGCUAGUCGGGCUGCGGAGACGCAGUCCAUAGCUGCCGCGGAGAUCGCACACGCGAAUGGAGUUGCUGCUGCCAGUAGGGCGGCUGAAGCACAAGCUGCAGCACAGGUAUCUUCCGCUCAAAUCCAGGCUGCCGCUCAAGUACAUUCAGCCAAUCGCAUUGCCGCAUCCAACGAAGCAGUAGCUGCCGCUCGCGUGGCAGAAGCAGCACACGCUGCUGAUGCAGCACGCCGAGCCGAAGCAGUUUCAGUGGCGCAGACCAGUCAGCUAGUAGCUGCCGGACAGAUUGCUGAGGGAAGCAGGCAGAGUGCUGCGGCUGCAGCUGGACACGCUGCUAUUGCAGCCGCCGCAGCUAAUAGAGCUGUACUAGCAGGUCCUGCAAUUGCCACUGUUCAUGCAACACCAGUAAUUGCUCCUUCACCAGCCAUAGCUGUAGCUCCUGCAGCUGUUGCUUUUGGUCCUACCGCCAUUUCUGCUGGUCAUGGAAUUUCCUUGCAUGGUAAGAAAUAUGUUGCAAUUGAAAUCAUUUGUUUAAAGUUAAAUAUUUUUCUUGAAAAGGACCUACGCUUAGACGUUGCGUUAGAUUAAGGUUCUCCUACACCUUUGGAUUUGAAAGUCUAAGGGCAGCGCGCACCAACCAGGAGAACUAAAAACUAAAUUAGAUAUAUGAAACUGUUGUUUUAAGAAUUUAGUAGUAGAGGAAUGAGGCCUCAACAUUAGAAAUAUCAUUUCACCAUUUGUACAGAGAACUCCUAAAUUCGCCAAUACAUUUUCGGUAACUUACUAAUUUAGUUUUGAAUACUCUUAGUUUGUGCGCGUUGAUGGAUGGGCAUAGAAGGAUAAAUAUUAAAUAUAUGAAAGACACUCAACAACUUCCAAUGUGACUGUGUUCACUCUAUAUACUCGUAGAUGCAAAUUGAUCGUCACAUCCAAUUUUUGAUAAAUUUAGACAUGUCAUUAAUCUGUCUUCAAUUACAAUUCUUGGAUUAGUAUGUAUAUAGAUUUCCAUCCUUAAUAUCGAAGCUGUGCAGAGGAAUAAUACUAGCAUUUAUGCAUACUUGUCAAGCGGGAGCCAAAGAAUGGUAUACAAGGUCUGUAAAUUAAGUAAUGAAACUGGAAACGCUGGAGGCGCCGAGCUUGAAGGGGUGACAGGGGUACAUAUAAUCCGCCUUCAGUACCAGUUUCAAAUCGCUCGAGUCAUUUGGUUGCCCGAAUUUUCUUGUGAAACAAUUUUACAUAUUGUGUUUUAAAAAUGAGUGUCAUCAAUUUCGAGAAACGAUGUGCUAUUAAGAUUUGCUUCAGACUCGAGCUCAGUGCAACGGUAACUAUUGCUAAACUUCAACAGGCCUGACGAGAUAGUGCUUUGUCAAGAGCCUAGGUUUUUCGGCGGCUUGACGCAUUCUCAGAAGGGAGAGAGUCGCUUGAAGAUGAACCACGAGGCAGAAGGCCUUCAUCUUCAAGAACCGAUGAAAAUAUCGACAAAAUCUGGGAUCUUAUGCGGUCAAAUCGUCGGUUGCCAGUCAGAAUGAUCGGAAAAUAGUUACAUUUGACUCACACAACCGUUAAUGUCAAUAAACGAGUUUUUGCCCAGUAAAAGCAUUCCUGUGGCUCCUCAGUCUCUUUAUUCGCUUGAAUUGAGACCUUUUAUCUUCCUGAAGUUUGAAAAUCGCCUCAAGGGAACUCAUUUUUGGUCAGUCCAAAACAUUUAAAUAGUUGUAACAGACCAACUAAAGGCUAUUGCGGUGUCGGAGUUCUAGCACUGCUAUGAGGAGUGGAAGAACCGUCUCCAGCGUUGUGUGGCUUCAAAAGGAAGUUAUUUUGAGCGUGACAAAAUAAAAUUGUCUUUAUAUUUGAAUAAAAACAUUUGAAAGAGUCACUAUCAUCACUUAAUAUACAUACCUCGUACAUUUUAUAAUGUCUCUAAAUCAGCUUCGACUUCAAAUCGUCAAUAGACCCAGUACUUUCAUUCCAAUCGUUACAAUUUAAUUCCUUCUUGCAGGUGCAUCUGCAGCCGCUGUUGCAGCAGGAGCAUCACUGGCAGCUUCUUCAGAUCUGGCAGCUUCGUCGCACCUAUCCGCUUCUUCAUCUUUAGCUGCAUCCAGGGCAUCUGCUACCGCAGCACAUGCAGCUGGACAACUAGCUACUGCAGCUGAUCUUGCAGCAACUGGGGCACACACAGCAAACAUUGCUGCUGCUGAAGCCCAGUCAGCUGGAAAUCUUGCUGCGGGAGCUCAAGUUGCUGGAGCUCAUGCAGCUGGCCAAUUAGCUGCUGGUCAUCUGGCUGCUGAGCAUUUAUCUGCUGGAGCCUACCAUGUAGGACCGCAUGGGUAUGGAUGGAAAUGAGCGGAUUCAUAGAUGGAUUGUUGUUGAUAGCGUUUAAUAUUUAUUUUGUCUGUUAAUUAUUAUGACAUUUGUAAGAUACAAUAAUAAAUAAUAUGAAU